AUGAUGUCGCGACGCUGCCGCAUACAGGCACGUCCAAAUGUUGUCAAUGGAACGAAGAAAAGUAUGCCAUCAAAACCGAGACCUGCUUCUCCAAUUAAAGCGCAAUCAGAUGGUGUGUCACCCUUAUCCACCACAGUUGUGAUACCGGAGGAAAAAAGUAUGUUGGAAACAGAGACUUCAGGGAGAGUUGUUGCUGAGAUCAAAGAACUGCGGAUCAAUGAACCAGCUAAUUCCGAUUCAAUUUUAAACGACUUAAAUAAAGAUGGAACAAACACACGAGCAGGUAAGCCUUCAUUCGUCAGUGACUACACAACCGAAUCACUGACAUUUUUAAAAACACCUCAACUUUUUCAUAAAUCUCUUGGCAUUUCUUCAUCUAAAUCACCAAGACCACAUUCGCCACUUAAAUCACUGGUCAGUGUUACAGACUCCGUCGCUUUAUCUGGUAUUGAUCAACCGUUUUCACAACGAUCGAGAACUGUAUCAUCCAUUUCUCCUACCAAGAAUGAGUGCCCACCAAAAGUGAGGAAAAAAUUUACUGGCAGUGAGCCCCUAGAUCCAAAAACAAUGACUAUGCAAGAUUUAAUUUUCUGGAAUCCGAAGAAUGAAAAAAGGUUGCAUGAAGAUUUUCGCAGAAAAAGGAAAGAUGGUGUAACAGAUCUAGAAAUUGUAGGAAAAAAUGAUAUUGAAAGUAAACAGAAAGAAAUCCACAGGCCUGCUUUUGCUGCUCCGCAGGUCAAAAUAGCAGUUGAUGGUUCUUUGGUUAUUGAUGAAUCGAGUUUAACAAUUACAAACGAAAAUGAUUCGAAUGUGUGGGAAACUGUAGAAGAAGAUCGCUCAAACAAGAAGCUUAAUUCAAUGAGCUUUCGUAAGAGACCAUUCUGCAGAGGCAAUCCAUGGAGUGAAUUAGAAACUGAUCUUUUUUAUGAUAUUUUAAGAGCCACAGGCCCAGAUUUUGGAUUGAUGCAUGAGUUCUUUCCGUCCCGAACACGACUCGAAUUGAAAGCCAAGUAUAAUCGAGAAGAAAGGUUCAAUUGGACUCGAUUAAGUCAGGCUCUGGCUGUGCCAACAUUGUUGUCUGAUGCCUUAUAUUCGCAUGCAAAUGAAAUCAUCGAUAGGAUUAAGGAAAAAGAAAUCAAGAAAAAAGCAUUAAAAAAGAACAGCACCAGUAGUGAUGCCAUGAGCGAAGUAGCCGCUGUUGAUUGGAAUGAAGAAGAAGCGAAUUUGGAGGCAGAAGCUGAGAAGGCUAUUUUGAGGCUGUUAGAAGAUGACGAACAACUCGAUAGCUCAUCUGAGAAAAAGCCGCGCAAGCAGAAGAUAGUUGCUCAAAAGAAAAUGAAAGAUGCUCUGUUAAGUGAAGUCGCGGAAGAGGCUGUCAUGGUGCUGAGGGGAAAGAAAUGUGAAAGGAGAAAAAAUGAGUUAAAGAAAAUAUGUGAAACAGCAUUAAAUAAACUUGGCGAGGAUUUCCCGAAAUUUGAAAUUUUAAUUGACGAAAAUGUCGAUGGUGUAACGGUAGAAACAAGCUCAAGCUCAGAAGGUGUACCAGUUGUGAGAAUACCGUUGGGAACUGUUCCUAAAGUGUUACCUGUUGAUGAGAAGCAUCCUCAACGAGUAUUUUUUGAUUGUUCUGCUAAACAAAAUGCUACAUCACGACACUAUAUUAUACAACAUCAAAUGGGUCCUGGAGAACCAACCACUGGUUAUCUUCAUUUGUUUGGAAGUGCGCUGUAA